GGUGUGGUUAGUAUACGAUCAGAUACUAGACUGAGCGCAGGAAAGGGCAUUCCUCUACGCCAUUCUUUCAGUGAGAGCAGUCGUGCAGGGUGUGCGCCUUGCCCUCCUAAACGAGCAAAUGUGCAACUACGAUUGACAUGUGUUAAGCAUAUAGCUACCGUCCAAAAGAUCCGAAAUGCCAUAUCCCUUUGUACUGACCUGACUCUUAGAGGCCCUCUUGGAGGGGGGGACACUAAAGGAUCAAUCCUACGCGAAAAAUGGAAUAAUUAUUCCGUAAUGGCAAUUAUCUGCCAGCAGCCCUGGACAGAAGGUCGGGAUGAAGAGUCAAACCUCGGACAAAACUUGAGGGGUGGUAGAGCUAAAUACCUCACAGAGAAAGGGACUUAUCGGAUGAAGAGGAAUACGAGGGGUCAGUAA